AUGUUGAAGCGCAAGAUCUCGGACUAUGACGCGUCUGAUUUGUCGAUGUUCGGCGAUGUUCCCGUCCGCAACAAGCGACUUUAUCGACGCAAGAACAGCGAUAAACAACAGUGGUCGCCACAACCACAGACCACCAUGAGCGAGCUGCUGGAUUUUGUUCUGCAGCACGAGGAAGCCUUCAAGAAUCAAGGGCGCCUUGCGUCGCUAUAUGCGGACUUCCGGCAGCAGCUCGAGAUCAACCCAGACGGCUACCACGCCAACAUCGCAGCCUGGACGAAAGCCCUGACCGACGCCGCGCGUGCGGGCGUGAUACCCACACAAGGAACGACCCACGAUCUUCUCAACAUCCGGACCGCAGACGACCUCGCACGGGCACUGCAGCAUCCCCAGCAUGGAAAGCCCACCUGUCUACCGGCCGUGUUCCACGAGGCGGUGCAGAAGAAGGAGAUGAUGUUACUGAAAGACUUCCUGAAUUCGAAGACGAGCAUAUACAAGACCUCGUGGAUACCGACACCGUGGUCGGCGCUGCAGUGGAGUCUGCGAACGGUGGGCGUACUAGGCCAGGCUGGCCCGCCAGAUAAGCUCGCUGUCAAGAACUACGUGGUCUUGAAGAAUGUUGAGGUAGCUGGCGACGAGAUUUUGAAGGCAAUGAAGAAGCACACAUCGACCGCCGACCGAGUCCUCUCCAGACGAAACUUCCUCGAACGCUUCUCGCACACUCUCAACCCCGCCGCGCCCCUCACAAACAACGAUCUCAAUAUUAUCCUCGUCUUUUUGCACCGAGACAAGCAGGCCAUAUCCUACGAUGCGCAGACGAUCAAGUUCAAGCCCGAGCACGAAGCACAGCCCCUCCACAUCACCGAAGAAGACGCCGCAAUCGCAGGCCUGCGCGACACUCUCGCAAACAUCAACGCCCAGAUCCCACCGUUGAUAGAGAAAAUCACAUCCGCAGACGCCGCAGCCCGCGAAGCCGUUGCAUCGAAGCAGAUGGUGCGCGCCAAAGCCGCCUUGCGGUCGAAGAAGCUCGCCGAGACAGCGCUUGCACAACGCUCGGACGUCGCCUUACAACUGGAAGGUGUGUACGCGCAGCUCCAGCAAGCGGCAGAUCAAGUCGAGAUUGUGGAGGCUAUGCGCGCUGGUGCUGCGGCGCUCAAGGGUCUUAACGAGAAGGUUGGCGGCGCGGAGGGUGUACAGGGUGUUGUGGAUGCUGUCAACGAGCAGAUGGCGACUACAGGGGAGAUCACAAAUAUCAUCAACGAGACAGACACCACGAUCGACGAAGUGGACAUUGAGGACGAGUUCGAAGCGCUUGAGCAGGCGGAGAAGGAAAAGAAGGAGCAAGAAGAAGCCGCGAAGACAGCGGCGAAACUCGCACAGCUUGAAGAGGCGGAGGGGAAGCAGAAGGAGCAGCAGGCCAAGACUGCGGCGAUGGCGCAGAAGCAGCCGGAGGAUGAGGUGGUGGAAGAGAGGGUCGAGCAGGCUUCACAGGGCAUUGCAAGGAUGUCGUUUCAGCAGCAGGAUGGCCAGGUCGAAGGCGAAGACAGUCAGCGUGUAUCAGCUUAUGCCUGA